AUGCAGCGCGUAUUGGGAUUUUUGUAUCUUUUCCUUUCGGUGAAUCUGGUCUGCGGGUAUGCUUUGCCGGCGAGUGAGAAGCGACAGGCUGGUGGUUGUCAGGCGCCGAGGCAGCGAAGGUCAUGGACAAGAUUAAGCAACGACGAAAAAAGAGCAUACUUGGAUGCUGAGUUGUGCUUGCAACGAACGCCACCAGCUUAUGGCAUUCCAGGAGCCAGGAGUGUGUGGGAAGAAUUGCAGUGGGCACACAUUCGCAGCAAAAAUUGGAUCCAUGGUGUUGGAGCCUUUUUGCCGUGGCAUCGAUACUACCUGAGAGCACACGAGCAGAUGUUAUCAGAGCACUGCGGCUAUCAACUCGGCACACCAUACUGGGAGGAAGCCUUGGAUGUCGGGAACCUAUUCGGCGCCGCAGUCUUUGAUCCUCAGUCUGGCUUUGGUGGCGACGGCAGCUCGGGAGACAAUUGCGUGACGACAGGCCCUUUCGCGAACCUGACUCUAGUCUUCGACAGCGAUGGAGUCGCUCAACAGCCAGUGUGCCUGCGUCGACGCUUGAACCCGGACAUGUUCUCGCGUGCCGCUCAAAGCGAAGUCGACAACUGCUUCAGGUAUCCGGAUUGGGCCGGUGCGAGUGUUUGUUACGAAAAUUGGGUGCAUAUAGCUGGGCACGAGGGCGUUGGAGAAGUCAUGGCGAAUGCGCUGACAGCGCCUGGAGACCCGAUCUUCUUCUUGCACCAUGCCAAUAUUGAUCGAAUGUGGUCGCUAUGGCAGGCCGCAGGUCUUCCCGGUCGGCUGACAGAGAUGGGACGACCAAACACGCCCAGUGCUGAUUUCAACGGGGCAAAUAACUGGGCGCCGCCAGGGCCGGAAUGGACCUCGACAAGUGGUGAUAAUGGACCAGAAACGACGCUGAACCAUGUGCUGUGGGUAGCGGGGAUUGUGCCGAAUGCGACGAUCAGAGAUGUCAUGGACCUAGGUGCUGGCUUGUCGUGCGCGACCUAUGUCUGA